AUGAAUGCAGUGUCGGAGAACAGUGGAGGUAUGUUUUUCCUGUACGGCCAUGGGGGCACCGGGAAGACAUUUAUUUGGAACACACUUUCCGCCGCUGUUCGUUCUGAGAAGGGCAUUGUCAUUAAUGUUGCCUCGAGCGGUAUUGCUUCAUUGCUCCUUCCGGGUGGUAGAACAGCACAAUCUAGAUUUGGACUCCCGAUAAUUGUGCAUGAGAGCUCCACUUGCAGCAUCAAACAACAAAGUCCUCAAGCAGAGCUGUUGAUUGAAGCAAAGCUUAUUAUAUGGGAUGAGGCCCCGAUGAUACAUAGGUUUUGUUUUGAAGCAUUAGACAGAACCAUGCGAUCGAUUUUGAAUUCUGAAAAACCUUUUGGCGGUAAGGUUAUCGUACUUGGUGGUGACUUUAGACAUAUAUUACCUGUUGUACUUAAAGCAUCGAGGCAAGACAUCGUACAUGCUACGAUCAAUUCAUCACCAUUAUGGAGAGAAUGCCGUGUCAUGAGGUUGCAUAAAAACAUGAGGCUUCAGUUGAAUGCAUCUUCAUCUAACGAAGAUGAAAUAAGGGAAUUUGCAGAAUGGAUUAUGAGAAUUGGAAACGGAAAAGCUGGAAACUACAAUGAUGGUGAGACCUCGAUUGAAGUUCCUGAGGACAUGCUGAUUCGAGAAUCAGAUGAUGCUUUUUCAGAGCUACUGCAGUUUGUGUAUCCGGAUUUGUUGAAUAACAUUGCCAAUCCUCAUUUCUUUCAAGGGAGGGCCAUUUUGGGGCCUACAAAUGAGAGUGUUAUAUAUGUGAACGAUUAUCUGUCGUCACUUAUUGAAGAAGAGGAAAAGGUUUACCUGAGCUCUGACAGUCUGUGCAUGGACGAAGCAGGUUCCGAGAUUAAUGCAGAAAUUUAUUCCACCGAAUUUCUCAAUACAAUAUCGUGCUCCGGUCUGCCGCCACAUGAGCUAAAAUUAAAGAAAUGA